AUGGCCAAAUCAAAGUGCUAUCGAAUCCAGCCGAUACCAAGCGCAACCACGGAAGAUCAAGUGAAGAACUUGAUCAACGAAUGCUUGUCAACUCCGUUAGAUGGGCUACGAAUCACUCUUGCGCCAUUACACCCGCGUUGGCUCACUUCUACCGUUGUGUUGCAUGAAACGCUUGAGAAGCUCAAAUAUCCUGUCGAUGACGGCUUCAUUGGCAUAACACCAUUACAUGGAAACGAGCUUUCGGUAGUAGAGUAAGAUUUUGCAGAUGAUGGUGAUGGAUGGUUUAGAACUAACGCAGUUGUAGCAUCAUCGCCGUUCCAGGGUUAGGAAGCCAUGCGAUCGGUGGCUUCAAAGUGAAGGAUGGGACAACCAACUGGUUUCGCGACUUCCUUCCCGAGGACAUCCCCCAGGCCAGACUUUUGACAUACGGCUAUGACAGUUCGCUUGCCGCGACCGAUGCGAAAUAUUCCAUUGGCGACUUGGCCGACACCUUCUUGGACGCUUUUUUAACCUUUCGUGACGACACGAGCACGUCUAAGAGGCCGAUCAUUUUUAUUGGACAUAGCCUCGGUGGGCUGAUAAUCAAAGAGGUUUGCUUCGUUAUCAAAAGAGUACCUUUCUUAAAGCUAACUAGACACAGGCUCUGGCAAAAGCGCAUGGUGCUGCCACCGAUGACCGAUACGGCGACUUUUGCAAGUCCUCAUAUGGCUUCGCCUUCUUCGGUGUUCCAAACCACGGUAUCCGACGCGGGAGCCUGAAAGAUAUUGUGGUUGGCCAGCCCAACGAGCAGUUGAUACAUGAUCUCGAAGUAGAUAGCGAGGGCGAGCCGACUCCUUAUCUUCGAGAACUAAAGAAGAACUUCGUUAAGAGCUGCAAAUCACAAACUCACCCGUCCAAGAUUAUUCUAUAUUAUGAGCUGAGGAAGACGAAAUCUAUUCAAGUAGGUUCUUGCCCAUUAUUUGAGUGUCUCUAUGCUAAGUCUUAUUCAGAGGACCGACAAUGGGGCCAUAUCUCCUUGCGGUGACCCAAAAUUUAUGGUUACGCAGGAUUCAGCUUGCCAAAUUGGCCUGGAAGACAAUGAAAUCAACAAACAUGCUAUAUAUGCGGAUCACUCCAGCUUGGUCAAAUUCGUAAACCAGGUCGAUAUUAAUUACUCCCGGGUACUGAACCAAUUGAAGCGGAUGGCAACAGAUGCGCCAGAUGUAGUGCUUCUUAGAUUCGCACAACGGUGUAGGUGUAGGCGCUCUCUAGAAAAGGGUAAUGGCUAACUUGGAGCUACCAAGCUGUAGAACCAUUGACGAGCGAAAAACUCCGUGGAAAUAUCUUUCACGCUAGGCAAUCGGCAUCACUGGCAGGAGCUAGCAGUCAUUCACCCCACAUUGUGCAGGAUGAGGUUCAUAUCAAACCAGCGUUUCAACCUAGUAACGACGAAGUUCAGUGCAUCCGAGAGCUGUUGCUGACAAGCCCAGCUAGCGACCGUGGUGGAAUUAUCACUGCAAAGGGAGACAGGGUGGACGGCACAUGCGAAUGGAUCACAUCUACUGUUGAGUAUACUCAGUGGAUGCAAUCUACCUCUGGCCUUCUUUGGAUUGUCGGUGGGCCUGGAAAAGGCAAAACGUUCCUCUCCAUCUAUCUCACCGAGAUUCUGGAUAAACCCGGGAGAACCUUAAUUUAUUUCUUCUGCGACAACAAGAUCUCUUCUCGUAACACAGGCUCGGCCGUUCUUCGUGGCAUCAUACAUCAACUGAUCGAGCAACAACCCCAGCUCAUGAAGCAUCUUCUACGGCAAUGGCAGCUUCAAGGGUCUGCAUUGCUGUUCAAUGACCACGGAUUCGAAAGUCUUUGGAGAAUAUUCCAAACCAUGGUUGAAGAUUUGAAAGGGCUGGAGCUUUACUGUGUCCUUGAUGGCCUAGAUGAGUGCAAUGAACAUUCUCUAAAACAGCUUCUUCGGAAAAUAGAGUCACUGUUCAAUCAACAUGGCGCGAAACAAACGCUGAAAAUGAUCGUCGUCAGUAGGAGGUACCCUUACUGCCUCGAGAGUACUUUGGGUUCUUUCACACAGAUCAACCUAGACUCGGCGCAUGAAAACAAUGUGAAAAGCGACAUAGAUUCCUACAUUUCAGUCCGGCUAGCUGACCUUAACAAGAAGAGGUCGAUUUCACAAAGUCUGGCCGAUCACAUUAGGAAAACUUUUCACAAAAAUUCCCAAGGUACAUUUCUUUGGAUCAGUUUCAUGAUGGAGGAUUUCCAUAAGAAGAAUGUUGCCAACAUCGAAAAGGCCUUGGAUAGUCUUCCGUGUGGUCUUGAUGAGGUUUACGAACGGAUUCUGUUACAAAUCCAACCAGAAAAUAUGGCCAUCAUCGCAAACAUUUUGAAUUGGGUAGCUUUGUCCUAUGACGAACUGAGCGUGGCACAAAUAGCCGAAGCGGUGGGGAUCCAGGCUUCAGAAUAUUCAUCUCGGAACCAAGUUUGCCUGGACCAUAUCGAGUCCUGUGGCCAUUUACUCCAGGUAUUCGAGAGAUCACAUUUAUUCAUUCCAACCGUCAGAGACGAAGACGAAAGUUCCAUGUCCUACGCCACAGAGGUAAAUCUCACAAUUGUUACUCUUGUUCAUCAGAGCGCGAAAGACUUUCUAGCUCAACAAAACCUAUCGCCGAGAAUUAAGCCAUUCCAAGUUCAUGAAGUCCGUGGCAAUAUUCUCAUCAUGGAACGACUUCUGUCUUCAAUGCAAAGGGACGACUGGAUUCGAGCUUUUCCCAAGACGGAUUGUAAGCAAUAUGGAUAUGGCACCCUGUUUUCCUACGCGAGUGACUCCUGGAAAACUCACCUAAGACAGCUCAAAAGCAAAGAUCUUUUGCGCUUGGUUGAGGAAAACAAACCAUUCUUUGCAGAUGAUUCGGAUGUUAGAAAUCUUUGGGACUGGGGUCAUUUCUCGAAAAGUUUUCCUAGAAAGUCGAUACUCCAUUUUGCAUGCGGGCUCAGGCUUGUUGCCUUGGUCGAGAAGGUUUUGAAACGGAAGAGACUAAAUCCGUUUACCUUCCAACGAUAUAUCGACGAGCCACAGCCAGAAACGCCGCUUGCUAUCGCGAUCAAGAGUCAACAUUACACUCUCGUUGAGGUGUUAUUGAAGUUCGGGGCGAUUGGCGAGAUGGCUCAGGGACAUGAGAUGCGCCUUGCCGGUGAGCUCUGUUUAUUCAACAUCUUUGAACUCUUAUCCGAAACUAAAAGUGGCAAACGGUUUAUCAAAAUGGACCGUUCUUCACUACCACCAUGGGGGACUUCGUUGAUGUAUCACUCUGUAACACAGGGCAACGAUAAGCUGUGUCGGCUCCUUCUCGAGAAAUACGGGUACAAAGUAGAUGUUCUAAUCGCGAACCAGCCCCCUCUACUUGUUGCAAUUAGUUCAGGGCGCUAUGAAAUUGCAAAGAUUCUUGCUGCCGAUUACGGUGCUAGCACUGAUGAUCAUGCUGGGAUCAUCUCGGCACUGAUGGAAGGCCUCCGCCCUUCCACACGCUUCCAAGUGCCACUGCAGCUGAUCUUCUCUGAAUGGAAAAUCGACAUAAACCAACAGGAUAGGGCCGGGCGCACAAUGCUUCACUUCAUUAUACAGAAUACUCAAAGCGUCUCGGGUGACGGCUACGAACUUCUCAGACAGUGUUUGGCCGACGGAUGUGAUCCAACUCCUAGAACCAUGGAAGAUGAUUCCCCCCUUCACUCAAUAAGAUGGUUUGCUCCAUAUCAGGGCCAUGAUUUUCCUAAGAUGGGUCCCUUCCCGAUGAGAAGCGUCAUCUUAUUAAUGGCUGAAGGCGGACUCGAUAUCAACAAUCCAGGAAAGGGAGGGAUUCUCCCACUCCACCGGCUCGUACAGGAUGCGUUCGAUCCCAAGAUUUCCGAGCACAGAGUUGGUAGUGCUGCCAAAAUUGAGGGCCUCAGCCGGCUUCUUGAUUUUGGCGCCGAUAGAAAUAUCAAAACAUCGCUGGGACUGACCGCCGUACAAGUCGCCAAACAGUGCUACGACAUGACAAAAGAUAUUGAGGGCCGCGAAGGAUAUUGUGCAGAAACGUUGGCGGAAAUCACCGACGUGCUAGAGAACUAUGCAACUGUGACCAACGCAGUACAAAAUCUAGCCUAUGUAGGUUUUGAAAGCUCAGAAGGGCCUGCCUGA